ACAAAUAAUAAACACACAUGACUUCCAUUUAUACUGAUCUACUUAAAAGGAAGUAUGAUUAUAAAACACUUGAUAAUCUAUAUCAAAUUAGUGUCAUGGAAGACAAUGAAAUUAAAAAUAUAAAUAAUAACCAGGCUCACAAACCUGAUCUAGACCACAAUCAAGAUAUGAAAAUUUUUGAGAACCAAAUGGCAAUGAAUGUUAAUGAGACUGGUGAUAUCCUUUUAGAAACUUCAAAUAUCAGUUCUAUAUUAAACAUAUCUGAUAAUGAUGGUGAUAAUAGUGUCGAUUUUUUGUCGUUUGGUACUACUCUUAAACAAUUUACUAAUGACCAUCAUAUGCAUUCUCCAGAGCAAGUUGAAAUCAUUGAUUUAGAUGGUGAUAAUAAUCAAAUUGUCAAAAAAACAUAUGUAGGAAAUCAAGAUACCAUAUACUUGAUGCCCAACACUGAUGAUCCAUUAAUUUAUUUGUCAAAUAAUUUAGGCAUGUUUGAUAGAUCCAUUAUCACAAGGAAAUCCUCGCGGAAAAUAAAGAAUUCAAAAAAAUCAGAAAUCAAUGAGCCCAUUACAGAAACAAACAUCAGGAUCAAAUUGGAUCAAAUUAUAACCAACACCUCAGAAUUGCUUCGGCGAAAUGUUACAACCCCACCAACUCUUGAAGUUGCUAGUGGAGCUUGUUUUGCUCAACAUAAUCCUAGACAAAAGAAUACCACCAAAAAGAAUGCUAAUAGUUUAAUUGCAGAGAGUGGUGAAAUAAUGUUUGAAGAAAGUCACCAAAUCAAACUUUUGGUUCGAUAUAUGGGCAAUAAUAAUAGGAUUCACACUAUCAAAAUUGAUCCCAAUCACAAGUUAGAAACCAUUUUUGAUGAAAUAAUAAAACUCGAAAAUAUUGGGGACUAUUUGCGUGAAAAUAACAUAAAUAUUGACAUCACAACAAAUGCCUGCCAAUAUUUGAAGUUGCAAUACAAAGGGGAAGAUCUCCCUUUCUUCAGCACUGCCCAACACUGUGGUCUAAAAUCGGGAGCACUCGUUGAAUGCCUAUUUAAACCAGGUUUUCAUAACCCGCCUACCAACCCAAAUAACUCGGACCAUCUUGAUAACGCUCAGUCUUUAUUGCCCACCGAUCCUGCAGAAUUACUGAAGCUUAAAAUCCAAUACGGUCCUGGCGGAAAAUCGUAUUACGAAACCUUGAUUCAGCCCACGGAUAACCUGAACACUGUUGCGUCCAAAUUAGCCGCUCAUGUCAGAAUAAACCCGACGAAAAUCAAGUUAUUCUUUGACGGUGAACUACUGGAAUUUGAUUCCGGCUCAAUUCAAGAUCUCGGAUUAGAAGAUGGCGACGUUUUAGAUGCCGUAUUCUAGUUGGUAACCCUUCACUCGCGAUAAUUGUGGAUGGGGCAUAGUAGUUUAUUAAUUAUUAUUGAGCGCGGCUUAUCUUCAUACAAUACUCAAAAUACGAAUAGAAUAUUGUGGCUUGCGGCCUAAAUACAAUAUCUUUAAUUUGACAUAUUAAAUAAUAAAUAUUAUUCUUUUUUUUCUUCCAGAGUAUA